CUCCGUUGGGCUUUCGAUCUCGCCCCAACUAGCAGCGUCCUCCCGCACCGCACGACCUCUGAGGACAGCGAGAUGUCUCCGGCGGCGGCGGCGGCGCCACUGGACGACGAAAACCUACUCGCCGAGAUCCUCCUCCGCCUCCCGCCGCUGCCAUCCACCCUCCUCCGCGCCUCCCUCGUCUGCAAGCGCUGGCGCCUCCUCGUCUCCGACGUCCGCUUUUUCCGCCGCUUCCGCGAGCACCACCGCCACAGCCCUCCCCUCCUCGGCUGCUUCGUCGAAGGCGACCGAUGCGUCUCCUACACGCCCACCAUGGAUCCCCCCGACCGCGUCCCCGCCGAGCGCCUCUCGUUGCAGCUCGACGAGACCUGCCACUCCUGGGUCCUCGGCAGCCGCCACGGCCUCGUGCUCAUCUCCCCCAACUCACGGAAUCACGUCCUGGUGUGGGACCCCGCCACCGGCGAGCAGCACCGGAUCGCUUUUCCCCCAGGGUUCGUCGGGGUCGCGAACUCGAUCCACGGGGCGGUGCUUCGCGCCGCCGGCGAGGCCGGCCACUUCCAGGUGAUCUUGGUAGGGGUUGGCGGACAAGACAAGCAACACAUGCGAUUGCUCGCCCGCGUUUACUCGUCGGAGAAAGGCGUCUGGGGUGCUCUCAUCUCACCACUGAUUCCAUUCGAGGGAUAUACUACUAGGGGUAUUUUCGCCAUCUAUUUUCGGGGCUUCUCGGCUCUGAUGCUUGGGAAUUCCUUUUACUGGUGCCUUGGCGGGCGUUCGGAUGCAAUUCUCGAGUUUGAUUUGGAGAGGCAGACCCUAGAUGUGAUCCGAAUACCACCGUGUCUGUCUGAAGUGGACCUUCUCCAGUUCGCGGUUAUGCGGGCGGAGGGUGGUGGACUGGGUUUACUCUCCAUAUUAGGCUUCACCGCCCAAUUAUGGAAGAGAAAGACUGAUUGUAAUGGUGUUGCAUCAUGGGGGAUGGCAACAACUAUUGAACUGGACAAGCUACUUUCCCUUAAUCCAGAGAAGGAGAGAGUGCAACCCCUGAUAGAAAGGGCUUGCCGAGUACAAUAAUGUGGUUCUCCUGACUACAGGUGGUGAUGGUGUCAUCAUGCUGCAGCUUGAGUCACUGCAAUUCAAGAAAUUUUAUGAGACUACCAACGCAUUUUAUCAUCAUCAAUUCGAAAGUGUGUAUUCUGCAGGGACGAGCAUUGGUGGUGGACAUGAUGGAGCUGAACUUUUGUCCAGUACAUAAGAUGAUUGUCUGGGUAGAUAUGCUAUUAUGAUUUUUGGUUGAGCAGGCCAGACACACAUGACGCUUACAGUUGGGUCCCGCUUAACUUAACACACGCUUCGCCAUCGCCAUCAUUAUCCGCGUACCUAACUCGGUGGCGCCCUUGCUCUCUACGUCUUCUCCUCUGUUCUGGCUGUGUCACCACCUUCAGUUGUUCAUUUCCUCAGUAGUGCUGCUUCAGUACAUUGAGAUCGUCCAGGUCGCCAGUUCUUGAGGAAUACCAGCCCAGUUGAUAAACCCUUGCAGUAUUAGCGGAACUCCCUUUCUUGACGAGUCGCCGAUCAAGAAUUGCUUCAGGUCUGGAUUCUCCACAUGUACUCAAUGAUUUUGGGAUAUGGAACACGGGAUGGACGGCACUUCCAGGCGGCAGUUCCAAGAGAUAUACCACUGAACCAAUCAGCUCCAGCACAGGGUAUGGUCCAAAGUAUUUGAAUUCCAGUUUCAGACAAGGCGUGUUCACCGCUGAACAUUAAGCAUUAGGCUGCAGUUUGUGCAAUACCUUCCCACCCACUUUAAUGGUUUCCUCUGAUCGAUGCUUGUCAGCUUGCAUUUUUGUUUUGUUCUGUGCAUUGGCCAGAUGCCCCUUUCGUCAGUCCAGUUGCACUUGACAUUCCGCCACAAUUUUGUCAGCUUCAGUUGAUGUUGCCAGCUGCACUUAACGUUCUGCCACAAUUUUUACCUUUAUUAAGUACUCCCUUCAUAAAGAAAUAUAAGAGUGUUUAGAUCACUACUUUAGUGAUCUAAACGUUCUUAUAUUUCUUUACGGAGGGAGUAACAAAUUAUGAUUGAGUUGUCAAAGUGUUGUUUUUUAGGCUUUUUCUGGAGCUAGUGAUUAGCCUGCUGAAGUUUUUCUUCUCUGCCCCCUGCCCUUCUGUCUCUCUCGCCAUGCAUAUGCUCUCUCUCUUGUAAAUUAUCUAUUUUAAUAAAAUGUAUUUACUGGCAGGGCCUCGCCUACAGUUUCCCCUAAAAAUUUGUUGUUUUUUUAUGCCACGCAGUCUAGAAAGAUGGCAUGUAUUUUGUACCGAAGGAAGUUGUAAAAUUAUAUUUCAAAUGAUUUGGUAAGCUAGAUGGUUCCACAUUUGCCUCUUUAGGAGUUAUUUGAACCAUUGGUCUCUUGGCCUCUACUGAGAGAAGAUGGCGAAAAUGAUCGGGAAUGUGCUGACAGUAGAAGUUGAAAGUGUUUUUGGUAGAAUUUCUCUGUAUAUUUCUGUUCCUUUCCAAAGGUGCUGAGAUGAUUCAACUUUAGUGUUUUUGGUAGAAUUUCCUUUAUGGUGAAGCUAAUUUUUACUGUUUGAAUCAUAAAAAGUGUUGAGGUUGCAUAACCUGCACUCUUUUCCAUGGAUUAGUAGUACAAAAUGGUUUGCCUAAUGACAUUGGUUGCUCCACAGGUACCUAGAGUUGUAUUCUGGCUACUGAGAUGCAGGAAUUUUCUUCUUUGCUGUGGGUCCGUCCAUUUUGUACGCUUCAGACGGAGAUAUCGACCCCCUAUGUUGCAUGCAUGGUCAACUGGGAAGUGGAAUUGUAGGAUUAAUCGUUCAUUGCUAACUACCUCUGUUAUGUAAAUUCUAGGCGCAAUUAGCCAACUGGCUUGUUGAAGAUACACACUUGCUUCGGUUAAUUAGCGUUUGGGGUACAUCUGCUUUAUGGUCUCCAAGCAAGCUUGCCUGCCUGAUGAUCUUGGCUAAUGUCAUGUGUGUGUUCACCGUCUCUCUGUUUCCGUUUGAUUAUGUUCCAUGUUGUAAUAGGUCUGGAUAUUUGAUUUGACGUAAUAUUCUUGCUUAUGUCCA